GAUUUCAAAGCAAUGAAAUCUCGGUAAUGUUCCUGGACUUCUUCGGUGAGCAUACAUGCAUUAUCAUACUGAAAGCGUCCAACCAACUGUGAAUAAACUGAGGGUUGAACUCCGGCAGCAAAAUGUUAAGCUGUGCCAGAUGUCUGAUGUUUUUCCUUCUUAUAGGUCAAGAUUAAGCACCAUAAAUGGAAUUUCAGACAGGUCUAGAACAUUAUAUUAAUGCCCGUAAUGACUAAAGAGAUAAACAUGGCAGACAUGUUCAGGUUAACGAGGAUCACUCCAAAUAGACGCUUAGGAAUUUGAAGGGGAACGUCUACAACUACAUUACCCAGGGUGCAUCGCGAGCAGGAGGCAAUGAAAACAGGAAGCGAGCGCAACACAAGGAAAUAAUGUCAAAUGGAUCAGAGAGACGUCAUGUCCCAUAAUGUUGGAUUGCGCUUUGAUUUGCUAAGCCCCUUGACGAAAUGGAUAACCUAAAUCUGGCUGUAUAAAUGUAGUUGAGGAAAGGCAGAGAAGCUUAGUUAUACACCCGCUCCAUCAAGGAAUUGCCUGCUCGUAUGAUGGAAAGGGCGAUGGAGCAGUUAAACGUACAGCUGAACCGGCUGACGCGCUCUUUACGCCGCGCCAGGACAGUGGAGCUCCCUGAAGACAAUGAGACAGCUGUCUACACACUCAUGCCUAUGGUGAUGGCUGAUCAACACAGAUCAGUCUCAGAAUUGCUCUUGAACUCUAAGUUUGAUGUCAACUACGCAUUUGGACGAGUGAAGAGAAGCCUCCUUCAUAUAGCUGCCAACUGUGGGUCAGUGGAAUGUUUGGUCCUUUUACUUAAGCGAGGAGCAAACCCAAACUACCAGGAUAUUUCAGGAUGUACACCACUUCAUCUGGCAGCAAGAAAUGGGCAGAAGAAGUGCAUGGGUAGACUGUUGGAGUAUAAUGCAGAUGUCAACAUCUGCAACAACGAAGGCCUAACUGCUAUUCACUGGCUGGCGGUAAAUGGGAGGACGGAACUGCUUCAUGACUUGGUGCAGCAUGUAUCCAAUGUGGAUGUGGAGGAUGCCAUGGGUCAGACAGCCCUACAUGUGGCCUGCCAGAAUGGACACAAGACUACAGUGCUUUGCCUUCUGGACAGUGGAGCCGACAUCAAUAGGCCCAACGUCUCUGGAGCGACUCCUCUCUACUUCGCUUGCAGCCAUGGCCAGCGGGAUACAGCACAAAUUCUGCUCCUCAGGGGUGCUAAGUACUUGCCGGACAAGAAUGGAGUCACCCCACUUGACCUUUGUGUGCAGGGUGGUUAUGGUGAAACAUGUGAGAUUCUUAUACAGCAUCAUGGAAGGCUGUUUCAGACACUAAUUCAGAUGACACAGAAUGAGGACAUAAAGGAGAACAUGCUCAGGCAGGUUCUUGAGCAUGUAUCUCAGCAGAAUGACUCCAAUUAUCAGAGAAUUCUUACCAGCCUGGCUGAGGUAGCCACUACCAAUGGUCACAAGCUGCUCAGUUUGUCUAGUAGCUAUGAGGCCCAGAUGAAGAGUCUACUCAGAAUAGUACGUAUCUUCUGCCACGUUUUCCGCCUGGGUCCAUCGUCACCGAACACCGGCAUUGACAUGGGAUACAAUGGGAACAAAACCCCACGCAGUCAGGUCUUCAAGCCUCUAGAGCUGCUGUGGCAUUCUCUGGAUGAAUGGCUGGUGCUGAUCUCCACAGAGUUGGAUAGGAAGUGUGGAGACACUGCCUCUUCUACUCCAGGAAGUGACAUCGCUUCACUCCUACUGAAGCAGCGGGAGGCAAGUCCCUCUGAUGCUGCAGACGCCCCUGAUAUUCUGCCCUCUACACUGGAUCCAGAGGAGGUGAUGACGCCCAAGGCUUAUGUAGACGGUCAGGAUGUGAUCUCCAUGACUGCCAACCGGCUGAGUGCAGUAAUCCAGGCCUUCUAUAUGUGCUGCUCCUGCCAGAUGCCACAUGGCAUGACGUCUCCGCGUUUCAUCGAGUUUGUUUGCAAGCAUGAUGAAGUACUUAAGUGUUUUGUAACCAGGAACCCAAAAAUCAUAUUUAAUCACUUCCAUUUCCUGCUGGAAUGUCCAGAGCUCAUGUCUCGAUUCAUGCACAUAAUCAAAGGCCAGCCGUUUAAGGACAGGUGUGAGUGGUUUUAUGAACAUCUCCUGGCUGGACAGCCUGACUCGGAUAUGGUCCAUCGGCCCGUCAACGAGAAUGACAUUUUACUGAUUCACAGAGAGUCCAUAUUCCGCAGCAGCUGUGAGGUCGUGUCCAAGUUCACCAAUGAGAAGCUCAAGCAGGGCAUUGCCGUACGCUUUCAUGGUGAAGAGGGAAUGGGUCAGGGGGUGGUGAGAGAGUGGUUUGACAUUCUCUCUAAUGAGAUCAUCAAUCCAGACUACGCACUGUUCACACAAUCGGCAGAUGGCACUACAUUUCAACCCAACAGUAACUCCUCUGUGAACCCAGACCAUCUGAACUACUUCCGGUUUGCAGGUCAAAUCCUUGGCCUGGCCCUGUACCAUCGACAGCUGGUGAAUAUAUACUUCACCCGCUCCUUCUAUAAGCACAUACUGGGUAUCCCAGUGAAUUAUCAGGAUGUCUCUUCCAUUGAUCCCGAAUAUGCCAAAAACCUGCAGUGGAUUCUGGACAAUGACAUUAGUGACCUGGGCCUGGAGCUCACCUUUUCUGUGGAGACCGAUGUGUUUGGAGCCAUGGAAGAAGUUCCACUUAAACCAGGGGGAAGUAGUAUACAGGUCACCCAAGAUAACAAGGCUGAGUAUGUACAGCUUGUAACAGAGUUGAGGAUGACUCGAGCCAUUCAGCCUCAAAUCAAUGCUUUUCUGCAGGGCUUCCACACCUUUAUUCCAGCCUCACUCAUUCAGCUCUUUGAUGAGUAUGAACUGGAGCUGCUGCUGUCUGGCAUGCCGGAGAUUGAUGUGAUGGACUGGAAGAGAAACACAGAGUAUACAAGUGGCUAUGACCUCGAGGAGCCAGUCAUCCAGUGGUUUUGGGAAGUAGUGGAGGGUCUCACUCAGGAGGAGAGAGUUCUCCUGUUACAGUUUGUCACUGGGAGUUCCCGUGUUCCACAUGGUGGUUUUGCUUUUCUUAUGGGUGGCAGUGGCUUACAGAAGUUCACCAUUGCUGCUGUGCCCUACACAUCCAACUUAUUGCCUACCUCUAGUACCUGUAUAAACAUGCUGAAACUCCCAGAAUACCCCAGCAAGGACGUCCUGCGUGACCGGUUGCUGGUUGCACUACAUUGUGGAAGCUAUGGUUACACCAUGGCAUGAUGCUUACUCUGCUGUUUUUGGCUGGGAUGCUUGCUAUAUAGACACACACUUGCACCAGGGUUUGCAUAUGUCAUUUCAGGGAAAUCCUCUUCACUCAUUCUUUUGGUAAUUGGAAGUUUUGAUUUCAUGAUGUUAGUUCUCAAAUCUAAAGACAAGGGAAACAUGAGGGAAAUCUAACAAUAUGUAAUGCUGAAAAUGUGGUAUGUCGGUUUUUGCCAGUCUGUACUACCAGUGUUGUGUGUCUAAGGAUAUUUGCUACUGAAAUUGUGUAUACCAGAGUAUGUAAAUGUAUGGGUGACAGACUAAAGGAAAACAGAAUAAAGUGUCAUAUUAUGGUGUUAAGGCACCAUGAGUGGCAAGAACAUCCUCAUUGCUUGAGUGGCAUAAGUUCUGCAAAUCUCCAGAACUCCACUUGAAGGGAUGAGCACAAUUUUUUUUUAACAUGAUUUUAUAAUAAUGGUGGUACAGAACACUAAGGCUACAUCUACACUAAUCCGGAUUUAAAUUUGAAAAUGGCGUUUUUGUCUAAAAACACUCCGCGUGUACAUUAUCGUUUUCCAAAAGUUAGUCAUCCACACUAAAACGUCUGAAAACUGUUAUGUCCCUGUAUUGCACGUGAGUAAAACGUAGGAUGCUUCAACUUGCGUCAUUUCUGCCUGGCGUUUAUUUACUUUCCGGCUCUUUGAAACGUUGUGGCAAUAUGUCGAGGAAAUUAGCUGAAUUGGUCCCAUGACUGCGUCACAUGACUAAAAAUGCAUCAUUGUUUUCAGAAGCCUACGUUUUCACAGUCCAAAAAUGCUGUUUUCAAAUUUAUCCACAUUGGAGAGCGUUUUCAGAAAAAAACGUUGUUGUUGACUAAAAACGCCAUCUCAGUGUGGACAGAAGACCAAAACGGAUAGAAAAAUAUGUUUUUAAAAGAAAUCAUAUUAGUGUGGACAUGGCCUAACACUUUGGUCCAGAAUCUCCUAUACAGGUGACUGCAAAGGCCAUGGUAUUAUGAUUUUAUACUCCCCAACCAUUCAGUGAGUCCUCAUGCCCUGUAGAUGAGGGCAGGUGUCAUCCUGGAAGAGAGCACUCCCAUCAGCAUAGAAAUGUUCCAUCAUUCUGACCAGGCUGAAUACUUUGUAUACAUUUGCAGUCACCAUUUCCAGUUACAAGGGGACAUGUGGAUCCAAACCAUGUGGGGAAAAUGCCCCUACAGCAUAACCGCCACUAUUUUUUCCUUCAAUCUGUCAUUCCUCUGUAAAUGCUAAACAUGAAAGCCAUGUCUCUAUAUGUUUGUGUGCUCAUGUAUUAGAAACUGAAGGAAAAGGGAACUACAGAAUAUUGCUGGAAACAAAAAGAACAAGGUCUUUCAUAUAUCUGUAAUAUCCGUUCCAUUGUAGCUAUGUAAUGCUGGUUUGUUUUUCAUAGUUAUAGUUAAGUCUUUUAAUAUGUCAUUUUCUCACCGAUUGUGUGAUACUGAGAAUGCAAGUUGGAUCAAUGGUGCCAAAAAUUUGCUAGAUGUGUCAUUUUAUUUUAUUAAUAGAAUGGUUAUGUCUAGAGAAGGAAUAGACAGAGUAGUGUGAAAAAUAUGUUUGUAUGACUUAUAAAUGAUCACUUUGAUUAGGUUGUAAUCUUUUUUCAUUUGUAUAUCGACUGCUUAUUGUAUACACAAACCUGAACAAUCUUUUGCAAAGAAAUCAUUGAAAUAUUGAAGUAUAUAUUUUACUAUA